AUGUCUAUGUCAGACAGCUUCAUCUACGUCCAAUUCCAUCCGCUGGCAUACAUUAUCAAACUAAACAUUGAACUUUCAAUGGCCGACCUCAUCUCGAAAAUUGUCCGCCGCCGAGACCGUGUCGACAGUAGUAUUAAUGAAACCGGCAUCAGCGUGACCCAGGAACAAGCCAAGCGCUUUUUAGAGGACGAGGCUUCGAGUCUUGACACUCGUUAUAGACCACGUGGAAAUGGAAAAGCGGCCGACAUUCUUCGGGAAUCGGAGGCAAGCCCUCAGCUCAACGAAAUCCUCGAGCGUUGCAAAAGGUUUGACAGCCUCUACUUCGCAUCCGCCACACUCCAGGAAGUGCCAGAACGCGAACUCUCGCCUGAGAUUGAACAAGAGCGGCAAGUAGAGCGGCCACUGACCGCGAAACCAAAGCCCCACAAACUGCAUGAGGAUGCUCUUGCGACCACCAGUGCAGCUGCUCAUCUGGAAAUUGCUCAGUUUCCUCGAGACUUGUUGGUCACGUUGGAUUUUGCUCGCACCGUCAUGAUGCGUGGCAAAAAGCCAUGCGCUGAUGCUUACCAAUUGCAAGUACAAUGGAUAUUGACUAGCCCGGCUGGCGACCACACUAUCAGGCACAUGGUCAUCAUCAGCCCAUUCGAGGCGCAAAAGCUGAUGCCCGUUAUUGAGAAAUCCGCUGCAGCCUUCCUCCAUCUCUAUGCGCCGCGAACUAACCUGGCUUUCCGGCCUCUGGACGACCUCGAGCUCUACAGUGUGCCACCGUUACCGAAACACUGGUGUCUACCCUCUCACCUUCCUCUGCAAUUGAAUUUAUUUUCUGGUCAACUCUAUUUCCGCUCUUUCGAGGAAUACAUGAGGGCGUGCGAUUUCCUGCGCCUAGCAUGGCAUGGGUCGGAGGAUGGUGUUACAGUUGAAGCCGAUGGAUUCAUUGUUCACAGCAUCAGAUUUGGCUGUAUGGUAGUCAUCAGGUCGUGCGAACCACCAGAACUGAGGCUGACGCGGUGGCUGGAGGACACCAUGUCUGACGAAUAUUUCGCUGAACGCCAUCCCCUACUCACGACGUCCCGAGUUUUGGACAGUCGGGUGUUACAUCUGUCUUUCUCCAAUCGUCUCAAUGACGUUACAAACUGGGUGCUACAGCUUUACUUCGAGUUUCUCGAUCAGUCUAUCACCAAAAACCUGCAGCUCGGUGAUAGUGACGAGACUCCCGCAUUACCGGAAAGCAACACCUCCAAAUCUCAGCAACCUUGCUUGAAUGCUGAAAAUAUCGAUGACGCCAGAACGGCUGGCGUAUCACCAAGGCCGAUUGAAGAGGCAUUUGAUAGCCCUGGAUGGUAUGGUAAUAGUCAGACAAUGCCUUCGCGGCAUUUGGUCGACAACUUUGACCUCGCAUCUCAGGUUUUCAGGAGCCGAGAGGCAGAGGAUUUCUCGAUGUUUCAACUACAGCCGGAUCUGUUCGCAGGUAAUAUAUUUGGCGGGGGUUUGGACCACUAUUACAAUACUAUGAUGCAACGCAGCGGAGGCUCCGACACUCAGUUGGGUCCGGUUUAA